AUGGCUAGCGACUGUGGUCCCCAGGCUGAGAUUUGCUUCCAGCACCUGGCCCUUGCCAAGACCGUCUUUGAGAACUCCGAAACACUCCUCAGGCAACUCUUACAGCACCAGGUGUUACGGGUAAAGGACGAACAUAUAGACCUCGACAGAGAAGUCAGAGGCAUGGGAGCCAAGAUCGCCGAGCUUCGAGAGACUGGGCAAGAUGAUACUGGACUUCUCGCUCGUGUUAAAGAAAUGGGAGAGAAGCUGAAGAGAAUCACCCGGCAGCUCCCCAGGGAAGCACGGAAGGAUCCUGUUGCAUUUGAUGAUAUAAAGCCGUUUAUCGACGAGUUUAUGACGAAGACCCGGAAGCACAUGGAACUCAUGCUCAUGCACAACGAGAGAGAGAGGACACAAUCUAUUCCGAACCUUCCACCUUCUCCAGCCGCCAACAAAGACGAUGAUAACUACAACGACGCGCCAUUCGAUCUAGGCAAUGAUUCGCUCCCUUCUUCUCCUCGCCCUGCACUUCGCAGUCCGCCCAGCAGCAAGCGGACUAGCCCCGACAGCGCCGAAGACCGUCCAUCUCCCAAGCGUCGUGCACAUCGUCGUGAGAUCACGACCGCAGAGAUAGAUGAAGGGUUCUCCAACCAGAAGAUAACGGAUACACCAGCACGAAGCGGCGAAUGGUAUGUCUUCCAGUGUCAAGAGCAUGAUUUGCCCCUCGAUAGCCUUGCGCGGCCGCCGCAGGCCGCCGCGAGGCAUGCCAUAGCGCAUGGGCUCCAAUCUACUCACGCAUCGGCCAUUGAAGCCUUUGGUAUCAGAAUUGUUGGUUGCGAUGCUGCCUUUGCAAAGUCGCACAAUGAUCGGGUCGUCAUACAACCUAAGCGGAAGGCCGGGUGUCAAGUCAACAGUGCCACUGUUGACCGCGUGUAUCGUCCUCGACACGACCGAGGCAAUGACGGCGAGAUGGCAGAGCGUGUUGGUGACGUGAAUCCCUCCAAUCCGCGACAUGUUCCCGUCCGACGAGCAGCAGCGACGAGAAAACGGACGAUUCUGUCACGGGAUCCGGACGGCACUGAAAAUCCCGCUGAGAUUACCGCCAAGACGAUCUACUGGAUCAAGUGGCCAGACGAUGGCAUCUGCUAUCCCGCCUACGUUCUGCCCUGGGAAUCCUUCCCGCGAUUUCGGAGCAAAUACCUCGUGCCAGUCGACCGUGGACUGUUGGAGUCGGUAGAUGAGUUACCGGCUUGCUAUGACAAAGGCCAUGGUUUCGCUGGUGUUUGGGCAGAGGGAUACAAAGACGGUCAACGAAAGAUGAACAAGAGACUAUACCCCGUCAUCUUCUUUACUCUUGAGAGGAGGUUCCCGUGGGAGUGUGAGACAGGUUGGGCUGCUGCUCAGGAUUUUCGCGUCUUUGACGGCGAUAACGAAGACCCUCAGUUCAAGGCGUUGGUCGAUCAUUGGCUAGCGAGAGAGGAUCGCCAGACUCCAGAUGAGGAAUUGAUCAGAUUGAAAUUAAUGUCACCGCCGCUAGAUCGGGGAUCAUCAAGUAGCUCGAGCAGCGACCGGAAAUCAAGCCCAGAAGAGCCACCUGAGAACGGAGACAUCGACGAAGAACUUAGAAAAGCUUUUGUGGACUUGACCGAAUGUUUGAGCAGUGAUCAAGGGUCGAGCCGAGAAGAGUCACCCGACAGCGAUGACGACGAAAGCGAUAUCGGAAACGCGUUGCUGCGCGGUGCUAGGAAAUCUGAUUCGAGACAUACUAGAAGUUAUCAGUCUCAGCGCAAAGAUAAUGAGACGCAUCAUCGCCAUCGCAACGCGCCCAUACCGCCAGACGACGGCACUCCUGCUGGCCGACCCAACCCUGAUGAAGACGAGGAUUCAGAUAUCUACGGUGACGAUAACGUUGGGCCGUUCCUCGAUAAAGGUCCCAUCAAAGAAUCCGAUACCGCAUCCAGCAGGCACGACCUCGAAGAAUCCUCCGUGAGGUCUCGGGAAUGCUCCGAUCCCAUCGAUGAAAGGACGACGAUCCCCCCCUCGGACGACGAAUACUCUCUGGGGGGAUAACAGUCAGUACCAAAUGAGUUCUCCUUCCUCGGAAGCCUCUUCACGUCAGAGAG